CCAGAGUUCUCGAAGAAGCUGUCAAGAUGCACCGGAGGACAGUCGUACAGCGGGGGGCCUGGGCUGUUUUGCUCUGGCCUUUUCUGUUUACCAAAUGCAUCCCACUGGAUUGUCAGGAUUGUCCGUCCAUCUCUCAGGAGAAACUUUUGGAUCGAGUCAUCCAACACGCUGAGCUCAUCUACCGCGUCUCUGAAGAGUCCUGCACCUUGUUUGAGGAGAUGUUUGUUCCCUUUCCGCUGCGUCUUCAGAGAAACCAGGCGGGCUACGCGUGCAUCACCAAAGCUUUACCUAUUCCCAGCUCCAAAAGUGAAAUCCAGCAGAUCUCUGAUCAGUGGCUGCUCCAGUCCGUACUGUUGCUGGUACAAUCGUGGAUAGAGCCUCUCGUUUACCUUCAGACAACUUUGGAUCGAUAUGAUGAUGCCCCAGAAUUACUCCUCAACAAAACAAAAUGGCUGUCAGGAAAACUUUUAAGUCUCGAGCAAGGAGUUUUGGUUCUCAUCACCAAGGUACUGAACGAAGGGAUGGUGUCCACGUCUUACACCGAGCAAGCUAUAUUCCAAUACGACAUGCAGCUCGACAUGUUGGAAUCGAUCAUAAAGGACUACACUUUGUUCAACUGCUUCAAGAAAGACGCCCACAAAAUCGAGACCUUUCUGAAGCUGCUUAAGUGCCGUCAAACUGACAAAUACAACUGCGCAUAAUGCCACAUCGCUUAAAUAAUCCGCUCUUUAGCUUUAAAUGGAUUCCUCGGGCUGGUUUGUGUGCGAGUGUGCAGACAUGACCACCGCCUCGAGCGCUUCAGCCGUGCUAGCAGUGCAAUACAUUCUUUAUUGAUUGCUUUGGAUCACCUUCAGACAAAACUAAGUAGGUGUAAUGCUUUGGCCUUUCCUUAACACACCACAUUUUAUAUUCUCCGGUUCUGUUGUUAUUUUAACCCAGGCAAGGCAACACGGGGCACACGCACAAAAGAUGAUUUGCAUGUUGAGCUGUCAAGAAAAUCUGCAUAUCGCACCAUUGAUUUCCAUUGGCUUUGUUCUUAACUCAAGUUUGUAUUCCGCGCUGGCAGUGUUUUGAUUAUUCCCACGGCCCCUGGAGGAUUGAGCCCGGCUGCCUUUUUUAAAUGGGAGUUGGUUUCACUUCUGCAUUAGCGAAAUGAAACACUUUCACCGGAGACAGGAGUCAAACUGAGAGCAAUCACUACUUUAAAAAAUAGUCACAUUUUUGAUUGGUGGAAGUGCGGAGAAGACAGGAAGAGCAAAGGCAGAAGAUGACAGCUAAAAGGAGAGCAAAACGACCUGGGUUUCACAUUUGAGGCAUUUACAUUUUUGCUCUGUGCCAUUAAAUAUUCAGCUCAAAUUCCUCCCAAUGGUUCGCAGCCUCAUUUUUGUAAUAAUAUAUUUAUUUCUCAUCAUUGCAGACUUGUAUUCCCUUUGCAACGUGCUUCUCGCUAAUAAAGCAACUUGAUUUUG